AUGUCCCAACGCAACCAAGGCUUUUUAUCCUAUGGACCAUACAUCCUACAACGCAUUCGCACCAUCGCAGAACUCUUUCUUCGUAGUUUUGGAAUUCACUGCGCAACUCACCAAAUUCGUCUCAUCCUUAUUUCAUCCCUGGUCAUUACCUCUCUGCUCUAUCCCGCUCUUGCAAUAUAUUCUUCGUCCCCCUCAUACUCACUUGUGGUAUCAACCUCAACUGUUCUUGACUCUUUCUUGUCCGCCAACGUGCAAUCAGGCGUCUAUGCUCAGCGUGACCUGCUUAACUUCUGGCAAGGACAUCAGACGCUUCGACUUCGCGAAGAUGGGGUAUCCCGAGCGCGGUGUGGUAAAGAUCGAACCUUGCGAGUAGAAAGGAUCCUUGUGCGCAGCAAUAUGGAUUCGGAGGAGGAUACCGGAGCUCUUAAUCACCAGACAUUACUAUCAACUCUACAACUGGAAAGACGCAUUCUGGAAGGCCUAUCAUCACACGGACUAUCCUGCCUCAAAGGACCGAAAGGCGACUGCUUCGUCCUCAGUCCCUUGGCAUUCUGGCAUCACGACGAAGCAAUCCUACGCGCUGAUAAGAAUAUCUCCCUUACUCUGGAAUCCCCUUCCAAUGAGGUUAUGAUCGAUGGGUUACGCAUAACACCUCACAUGGUUCUGGCUGGGCGUGAGACGUACGAUCGCGACUCGACAAAGUUUGAUUUCGCAAUGUUCCUUGCUUUGACUUUCUUCUUUCCGGAUUCAGACUGCCUAGCAAAUUCUGGCCACGAUGCAUGGCUAGAAAUUGUCGGGAAUGCCACAACCGAAAGUGUCAUGUUUGCUGAGGCCGUCGAGCCGACACUCAUUGCCCUUGAAUAUGAUAACAGCUCAUCUAGAACUUCUGCAUUUUCUGCCAUCUCCACUUUUCUGUAUCUGGCAUACAUAAGUUUCUUUGUUUAUGUCUCAUGGUCCAUGAGGCGGAUGGAUGGUGUCCACUCCCGGGUCGGUCUCACUUUCACCGCACUAGUUGAAAUUGCCGUCAGUACCAUUACUAGUCUCAGCGUUUGCGCUCUGGUCGGGUUCAAGGUUACCAUGGUUCCAUGGGGGCUGUUACCCAUCGUUAUCGUAUUUGUGGGAGCAGAAAACAUGUUCAGUCUCGUUGAUGCUGUAACAAAGACCUCCGUGACACUACCCGUCAAAGAGCGAAUAGCCGAAGGGCUAAGCCGUGCAGGCACUUCAAAUACACUGAAGGUCGUCACUUAUAACUCUCUCUUAGGUGUCAUGGCUGUACUCUCAGCCGGGGCGAUUCGGCAGUUCUGUGCUUUUGCAAUCGUUGUGCUUGUUGCACACUGGUUUCUUGCCCAUACAUUCUUUCUGGCUGUGUUAUCGAUCGAUAUUCAGCGUCUCGAGCUUGACGAACUUUUACGACAAAAUCCAAGUUUGGCUCCCGCGAUGCCGAAUUCUCUUCGAGAAUCACCUUCGGCCCCAGCAGGUACGAAAUGGCAGCAAUUCACCCGGAAAUGCAAGAACCUGCUCAAAGGUCGCGCUACUAAAAACCUCAGCUUUGUUUUGCUCCUUGCAAUAACGGCAACACUGUAUUUGAUGACCCGUCCCUCCGCUCAUAGUGAAGCUGACACAAAUCCAUCACUCCGUGGUCCUUCACCUCGUUUACAGACUAAUCAAAGUGGGGCUGAUAUGAAUUCUCCUGCAUGGCAUAUCUGGAAGAUUUUGAACCCUGGUGAAGAUACUCUGGUACAUCUCCGAAUAGAGGUGCCUACUAUAGUCACGUUCCAACCCGAAUCUCAGACAGACAGAGGAGUCGAGUCAAAGGCGCGCUCUAGACCCGCAGCGCGUAGCUUUAGGCCAUUACUCUGGUUGCUCAAGAUCGUCGUCUUGCCCAUGGCGCUCACGACAACUGCGCUAUAUGGUUUACUUCUUUAUCUACUGAAGGAUGCUGAACUCCUUGAGGCUCAGCGUAAUCGCCCGGAAGGAGAUAUGCCGUCUGUAAAUAUGGAUCUAACCCUUGAAAGCCAAGUUUCAUUCACGACGUUACCUAGAGCUUUUUCUACCGAUGUCGAACUCCUCGCUGCAAGCAUGGAUAGGCGCAUUGUCGCUGCUGUAGACCUACAAAAUGAGUUUGUCAUAUGGCGCACAGAUAAUUAUUCGCAUAUAUCCAUCGAUGCCACUGACGUUCUGCUCCGUGGAGCCAGUACAUCGUCAGCCGCAUCCGCACUUACUGCAGUCGCAGUCGAUGAUGCUGGCAGGUUUUGUGCUGUGGGUACAGGUGCUGGCACUAUUGCCGUAUGGUCUAUCGACGAUAAAUCUAUUAAACCCUUUCCACAUCUUACGCUGGAAAGCACGUCCAUUGCUGUAGUAGAGCUUCAGUUCCUUCCAUUGGCCUCACCGACACCCCUGCCAAGGUCGGAGCCGUAUUCAAAGUCGAGUUCUCCAACACGAGCCACAGAAACAGCGUUCUUGGUUGCCGUUUACGAAAAUGGCCUCGUCGUAAAGUGGAAAGUAGGCUCUGCGUCUUCCCCUGAAUUCGUAUCUCCUACACGCUUGGAUCUCAUCACUAAAAGCAUGGUCUCACGUGUACAGAGCGAUGAUAGUCUCCUCGUAGCUUUCUCUAUGGCAGAUGGCUCCUUAGAACUGUCAGAAUUAGCCGAAGGAGAACCAUCCCCACCAUCCACAUGUUUUGUCCAGGCAGGUAAUUCGUCUGAUUUAGUGACGAAAGCCCAUGCCUGUCGCGUCAAGCUGGAUGGAGAGUAUCGCACCGUUGUUGGCGUAACCACGGAGGCCGGAGUAGUCUCACUUUGGAAUGGACGGACGGGGGAGUGUAUAUCUAUACUGGAGGAAGUACAUGGCAACAUUAGCCAAAUUCGGAUAUCAUCUAUAUCAUCGGAAACAUGUCGAUUCUGUGGAGAGCUACCACUGGAUACCUUCCUCGUUACCCUAUCUAUCGGUCAUAUCGUCCUUUUUUACACUGUACAUGUCACGCCGAAUGCCAGAAGAUGCUCAUGUGCAGGCAAUAUCCCUCGUCAAAUCUCCUCUAGAGAUUUGACAAUAGGACGACGGUCGCGGAGCAGUAGCAUGGCUUCUCUUUCUGGGGGCUCUUCAGGAACUCGAAGAUUGUCUGUCGCUAGCAAUUCCUCUAAUCCUGAUUUUUCAGCCUUCCCUGUAUCAGCACACGGUAUUCAUUCCCGGAGGGCUUCAGAAAAGGAUACACAUCGGCGCCCCUCAGACAGUCUAACACUUCCGGUAUUGAGUGAUGAAAACGAUGCUGAUCAUCCUGUCGGGCCUCUAAAUAUAUCGACCAUACCUCUCACACCAUGGAAGAGUGUUGUCGUCGUCAGGUGUGGCGAUGCGAGAUGCGAGAGGGGUGGCUGGGACGUUGCGAAUGGCAAGAUAUUAGGCGUGCGGCGUAAGUCUCGAACCGAACUGCAAGUGAAGGCGACAACUACUUCCAACCCGCUAUGCGGUCUAAGUUCUGCGGCCUUGGAUCGAUGGGAAUUAUGGAUAUUCGAUCCAAUCCUCACACGAAUGCAGAGUUCUGGAUUGUCCACCCUGAGCGACAACUUCACAUCUACGCACCCGCUCGAUCAGGCGCAAGUUCACUCACGUCGAUCGUCCUCGAGCUCUAAUGCAAAAGAUGAACACCCUCGGAUACCAUUUACUAGAGUAUCACCUUUGAUUGCAUGCCAGUCUCAAGGGAUUGCCGGGUUCGGCAAUACGGUUGGAUUAUUUUAUUUAUCUUCAUCAUGACUAUAACUUUUGGUUGUCUAUGGCACUUAUGGUUCAAUGUAUAUUACGAGUAAAUUUGGUAACCUGUUUAGAAAGCCAGUAAUAUUAGAACUUCCAAUCUCAGACUCUAGGCCUCGGGUUGCAUUCCAAGGUGGAAGUAUAUGUAUCUCCCAAAUUUAACUGAAACAUAUGUCAUUCU